UAAAAGAAUAUUACCGCGAAACUGCGGCUUAAAUAAAUUAUCGAUGUCGGUGCUCGCGUUUCGCUUUACGCAUUUAUUUGAAUAUAAAAUUUGCUAUACCGUCUGAGCAAAGCACACGUUCUCCACAUUGCAAAAAUAGGUUAUCUACGCUGUGUUUCACUUUGUACUUUCGUCCUGACCAGGCGUCUGGUGUUCGCUGGUUUUCAUCGCGGAAUUUGUCAAACAGCGGUUAAAAAAAAAUUGUCUUACUCGCGUUUAAAUCGGGAUCGUUUUCUCGUGUUUAUCACCGCGUGGGUGAAAGGACAGGAAAUCAAGGUCGACGUACUGUUCGCGAUAGCUGGUCGACGGCGACGGCAAAGAAGAGGGACAACAUUCUUGUCCUUUUUAAGAACGGGAGCGACUUUUAAAUGCGACGCGUGAAACGUGAUAACAGAUUUUUCGGUGUAGAGUGUAGAAUCGUUAGAAGGGUGGCGAUUAAAACGAUAAAGGAUGACAGUGUACUCGGGACAGGUCCGGAUCUUUACGCGUAACGUGGAACGUAAUAUUUCAUCGGGUGUGAUCCAGAGGUUAUCACGUUGGAUCUUGAUCUUCACCGAAAUCGGAGCACGAUGAGAUAACAUAGAUAUUUCCCGUGACGAACAAUCCGUUUUCUUGUUCGUGUAUCGUCCGAUGGUCGUUCUAAGAAUUUCUCCGAGCGUUUAUUAAUGUGUUCGUUAAAAUGAAAGCGGCGUGCACAUCUUGAAGAUACAGGUUAAGCGGUACCACGAAGGUUGUAUCAUAAUCAUCGCCGUGGAGGAAAAAUUCUUACUCAAAUUUCUGCGAAACUGUUUAUACAAACUGAAGAAAUCAACGAUCUCUGCCUCUGCCACGUUCCGGAGAUACAAGAACAAUUUUUUUGGUCCCAGGACGACAAUUUCAAUUCGAUUUCACCGUUGGAUUUAAUAAGGAAACAACACGAUGAUACGUGAAACGAUACGUGCAAAUCUUUGAACUGUUAGAAAUAAAUAAACACAAACCACAUUUGGACUUAGAACCAUCGAGACGUUACUAACUGUUUCAUCUUUGCUCUAAUUUGUACCUACAGAAUUAAACCUUGUUACACGACAAUUACUAAAUUUAAGACAAGUUUAUUUAUUAUAAAGUAUUAAACACGAGUAAAAGCAGGAGUUUCUAUCGAAUGAGCAAUCAAAGCAAUAUACGUUUAAUCGAGAAGAGGUGCUAUUAGUAUAAUGUAAAAUUGUAUAAUAACGUUUGUUCAAUAAUAUUUUACUAUCGUCACCUAUAUUUAUUUAAAUGGAAGAUUGUACACAUAUUAAAAUAUUUUUCUGGUGAAUAUUCAUGCUUCAUUCUGUAAUCUUAAUUAUUACUGCUUUUUAUUUUAUUCUCAUCAAUGAGUUUACUUUAUAAACGUUCUACUAAUAAAAUUAUGUAUUCUACAGUUAAACGUUUUCACGUAUACUCUGUUUCUAACUCUAACUGAUAUUAGGCUUUUGUAAGACCUCGUACUCUUGGUUUGUUUAAAUUUCAAGUAAUGUCCUUUAAAUUUAAGAACAACUGACAGAAAUAGAAUAACGACGUUUAAAUUGUGAUGUGGUAUAUUGUAAAUACAGUGUUUGUGCCAUUCCUAUCGUACGCGAGACAUUGGCUACAGUUGAUGACUCAUGAGCACCCUCAUGAAAAUUAUAAAAAUUUAGGCCCAACUUAGAAAGAAAGAUUGGUCUUUGAGUUAAGGUUUCGGAUAACACGCGUUCUCAGACAAGCUGCUCCAAUCAUGACAGAAGUAAACAUGCCAGAUUUGCAGGAACUUCUCGUAUACUUCUCGAAAAACACGUACAGAGCCAAGGAUGCAGACAGCACGUGUCAAGCGAUCAUGCAAAAAUGUCUGCUGCUCACUGAUCUAGAUUAUACUCACUCCGUAAUAAAUAACAAUGGAGGCGAUCUCAGUGCACACUAUCCUAGCCAUCUGAUCAUUUUAGAAUACGAGAAGUAUAGAAACUCGAAUCUGUGUGAUACGCCGCCGCCACUGCCACGCACAACAGAGACCAUAUACGAAAGCAUGUAUGACCCUAACAAAUUGAAGGAAUUGAUAAAAAAUGCAAGAUUCGCCAGGUGUCGUUCAAGAUUUCCACUGCCGGUUAUAUUGUACAAAGGUAGACACGUCUGCAGAUCGGCCACUCUGUCCGGUGGACCAGAAAUUUAUGGGAGAUCUGGGCUAGAUUACUUGUUCGCCGGUAGCGAAGGGACAGUUUCAGUUGAGCAACAAGUAGACGAGGCUCGUGGAGGUGAUUCUGUUAGCGAAUGGCAAUUGUUCGAUAAAGUCAGGCAUCAAGAUAUUAAGCUUCUGAGAACGCUUAAUGUAGGAACCAUAAUAGAUUUUAUGGUCGAGAAGAAGAAGGUCAAAUUUGGAGUGAACGUGACGUCCUCGGAGAAAGUAGACAAGGAGAAGAGAUACUCCGACUUCACCCUAAUUUCACUGCCGUAUCCUGGAUGUGAAUUCUUUAGGGAGUUUCGAGAAAACGACUACUUGGCCAAAGGUUUGGUGUUCGACUGGUCUCAGACUCACGUGGAUGCACAAAUUGGUGUGCCGGACGAUUCGAUCUCGAGUCAGUUACGAAUCAAUUGGGAUCAAUAUCAAGUCUGGGAUCUAAUACAAUUGACUCAAAAUUAUUUGAAACUUAUAUUAAGAUAUUUGAGCGAUACUAGUAACGGGAUAUUGAUUCAUUGUAUCUCAGGAUGGGAUCGCACACCCCUGUUUAUCUCGUUAUUGAGAAUCAGCUUGUGGGCUGACGGUGCAAUUCAUACAUCGCUAAACGCGUAUCAAAUUCUCUACUACACCAUAGCGUACGACUGGAUGUUAUUCGGCCACGAUUUAGAAGACAGACUGAGCAAAGGGGAAGAAAUAUUUUUCUUUUGUUUCUAUUUUCUAAAACAUAUUCACGACGAAGAGUUUAGCAUUCAUCCGCGUCACAGUCGAUCGAAGCACACGGUGCUGCGUAAUGACAGCGAUUCGCAAUUGGACAAUGUGAUGUUUGACAACGAAUCGAUAGUGACACUGAGUUCGGUCAGUUCCAAUUUAAGUCUGAAUAGUUCUUGUAGUUCUGUUAGUCAAAAUAGCAGAGAUAGUCAAGAUAAUAAUCCACCAGCGGUGUUUCACUGUGCUUCCACAGAAACUACUCAAGACGAUUGUCACAAUAACGGGAACGUGGUACCAAAGUCAUUUUAUCCUUCGCCGAACAAAGAAGGAAACGCUUAUGGAUCGCGAUCGCCCUUACCGCCGAAUCGGACUUCGCCUGUCGCGGUUCCCGUACCUGGGCGACUACGACAACGAAACGAGUCUUCAUCGUCCGGCGGUUCUUGGCAGAUGAUAUCUGGAACCGGGAGCUUACGCGGUUCCACGACCGUCAAUGCGCCGCUCACUGAUGGGCUGAUGACUAGUUUAGGUUGUAAACCACUUUGUGAAACAUGCCCGGGACACACGUCUCUUGAAUCGAGCACAACGAUCAUCGAAGACGAAGCAUGUAGUUCGAUGACACAAUCACGCAGAGAAAAGUUACAAUGUUUAAGAAGAAUAUUUUAUAACGCUUAUAGUCACACCGUGGGAUUUCGAAUGAAAGACAAUUCCGAGUCGGUUGGCUUCGGCCAGAUGCUCGGCAAUUUCGCGGAGAGAGUAGGGAUUCUUUCCGUUCAACGCACAUCCUUGUGACUAUAACGCAUCGUUUACUUUUACUCUGCCACCUCUUCCCUUGGCUCCGUGAUUAUCAGUUUAUUGUUAUCGACUACUCGACUCAAUUGAGAAUUUUAUAAAAACGCUAUACAACAUGUGAGAAUAAAACAAUUGUACAUCAUCGUUUAUGCGAAUAAUGCAUUGUUAUACAAGAUGAUAGCGUGUAUACGCGUGACAUGAAUAAAAACUUGAUAUUUUUGUGUAUAUAUACAUA